GAAGCUAGAGCCAUGGGGCUUCAUCGCUCCAAAUCUUGAGUGAGGAGCUAUCCAGUGGCAAGGGUAUGCAGCGAGGGCAUUUCUUCUAGAGCGCUAGCUGCCGGUCCCGGUUUGUUAACUUAUCUCGACGGUACGCUUAAGCUAUACACUAGCCACCCUACUGCGCAGCUAAGUAAACCCGAGGGUUGUCCAGAAUAUUUUACAAAUCAAUUCAAGGGAUAGUCUAUGACCAGCGAUCUAGAAACAUUCCGGCUGGGAGCCACUGCGUACAGAAAUGGAAGGGACUGGGCAAAAGAGAAGAGGGAUAAGGCGAUUCAACAAGCGAACAAGAGAGCUAACCCUAUUGAAGUUGAAGCAUCAGUAGCAGCAGGUGAUCUAGCAGGUGAUCCAGCAGGUGAUCCAGCAGGUGAUCCAGCAGGUGAUGCAUCAAGUGCCAGCCCAGCUUCAAGUUUCGUGACUGCAGUGUCGGAUGCAGAGGGCUACACCAUAAAUCUGGAAUCCCAGGCGUUGCUGGAUGAAGAGGAGGAAUCUGAUAGUUCUACUCGGGAACUUGCGGAAUACAGAGUCCCGGUCAAACGCCCUAAUAGUUCCCAACGGCCUCUUGGAAAGCGACGUACUAACGAUACUAACAUGGAUGAGUAGCUCUGCAGUGAUCUUGUUGGAGUGGAGUGGAGUGGAUUUGGAAAUCGCUCCACUCCAGUCCAGCAGAAAGCUCGUGGAGCUCCAGGAGCUCCAGGAGCUCCAUAUUACCUAUAGUAGUUAGCGCGAGGUAGUUUUUGGUGUUGAGGUUGAACUUACCAUCGCC